UGUGCGCAUGCGUACAACACCAACAGCCUGCUGGAGACUUGACGUUGGAUCAGCUAAUAUUUAGUGCUAGGAAGUUGACUAUUUACAACAGCGGACAUGUGGUAUUAAUUGUGAACUCCACACAUUGUGUUUUGCCAGCAAGGCAUAGUUAGCAUUGUGUUGAGUACCUGAAAGAAGAAAUCAUGACUGCUAACGAGGAUCAAGAGAUGGAGUUAGAAGCUCUUCGCUCCAUAUACGAAGGAGACGAAUGCUUCAGAGAGAUCAGCCCAGUGUCUUUUCAGUUUAGGAUAGGAGACCAUGAAGACUCCAAAGCAUUUCUGUUAGAUAUUUCAUGGCCAGAGACCUAUCCUGAAACUUCUCCCCAAAUAUCAUUAGAUGCCUUUUUCAACAACAGAAUUUCUCCAAUCACCAAGCAGAUGAUCAUCUCAAAGCUGGAGGAGCAGGUGGAGGCCAACCUGGGCACAGCCAUGAUGUACACCCUGUUUGACUGGGCCAAGGAGAAUCAGGAGAGCCUUAUGGAGAAUCACCAGCCUGUGGUCACUGCUGUGACGUUAACGUCCACCAACGACAACACGGGUAACGUCGGCCCCGCCAAGAAGAAGGAGAGGAAGGAACAACUGACCAAAGCACAGAAGAGAAAAAUGACCAGCAGAACAGAUAAUAAAGGGGAGCUGCCAAGGGGCUGGGACUGGGUGGACGUUGUUAAGCAUCUGAGCAAAACAGGUGGAAAAGAGGAGGAUUAGAGAGGUGAGAGAACGGGAAGGAUAGGGGGAAUUCUGGUGCGGCUCUACCCAGGAAGUGUAACGAUGAACUUAACCCACCACACAUACCCAGACGCCGCUGUGUUCAUCCAGUACCUUCCAGUGGAGCACCAGAGACCACGUGCCCAAGAUGGCUGCUCCUACAUCCCCCAUUUCACAUUGUACGCAGGAUGUUUAAUUAUUUUGGCCUUGUAUUUCCUCCGCUUGGAAUAAGAGCCCAGAGUCUGUGUAUUUUUAUUAUUUGGAUUUUAACUGUUGCGAUGACAGUGAAUUGCAGUGUGUGUGGCACCGUUGUGCUGUGUCAGGGUACGGCGUGCCAGGUAUGAGUGCUGCUGCUUCACAGUAUAGUUCAAAGGAAACACGCUGAAAUGCUGUUUACAACGGGUCUCACCUGUAUACAUUCUUCUGCAUUGGAGGAGUGCGAAAGAAAUAUCUUGACCCGACUGCGCCUCAUUGUCACCAGGAAACAAACAUGCAUUACUGUCACUGCCAGGGUACAAACAUAUCUCCACCUUGAGACUGUUGCCCAGUUGCUAGGCGUUAAGAGACAUACAUUUUAGCUCAUUAAUCAUGGGUGUCAAUCUGGGCCAUAGAGCAUGGAUGCAGUGUGGGAAAGUAACAACUGGUUGUGAUGUUAUUCCAUAAUACCUUUCAAUAAAGGUGAGUUCUUACCGGUCAACUGAGAAAACUAAAGUUUUUAAUAAAAUAUAUAUAAAAUGAC